AUGAAAAGAGGGCAGAAGAAAGGUGAUCAGCAGGAGGAUGGGGGAGACCCAAGCCCUGGGUUCCCUGAGACUUACAAGAAGCUUUGUCGAAAUGACUUAGAAGAAUCAGAACAGGACCAGGGAAGUUGCAACUCAGAGGGUGCAUCAGAAUGGGGCUGUCUGCCUCAGGAUAUUCUGCUGCAGAUUUUUCAGUACUUGCCCCUGCUAGAUUGAGCAUUUGCUUUACAAGUGUGCAGGGGCUGGAAUCAAGCUUUCCAUAUGCCUGAGCUCUGGAGAUGCUUUGAGUUUGAGCUCAACCAGCCAGCCAGCUCCUACCUGAAGGCCACCCACCCUGAUCUCAUCAAGCAAAUCAUCAAGAGACACUCCAACCACCUGCAGUAUGUCAGCUUUAAAGUGGACAGUAGCACAGAGUCAGCAGAAGCGGCCUGUGAUAUCCUAUCUCAGUUGGUCAACUGCUCGCUAAAAACCUUGGGGCUUAUUUCCACAGCUCGACCCAGUUUUAUGGAGUUGCCCAAGGUAAACGACAUACACAACUGUACAGAAGGGUGUGUCGAUAGCCACAACCUGUCAUUGCUUGUGAAAAUGGUUCCUUUGGUGGAUCCAUCACUUAAAGUUCUUGUGGUCAACAACAGUGACACACUCAAGCUGCUGAAGAUGAGUAGCUGCCCUCAUGUCUCGCCUGCAGGCAUUUUGUGUGUGGCCGACCAGUGCCAUGGGCUGCGUGAACUAGCAUUAAACUACCACCUCCUAAGUGAUGAGCUGCUUCUGGCGCUGUCAUCUGAGCGUCAUGUCCACCUGGAGCACCUGCGGAUCGACGUGGUGAGUGAGAACCCAGGGCAGACACAGUUCCACACCAUAAAGUUCAGCAGCUGGGAGGCCAUGAUGCCUCACUCGCCUAAGUUCAGCUUGGUCAUGUACUUCUUUCUUUAUGAAGACGAGUUUAAGCCCUUUUUCCGCGAAGAGGUGCCAGUCACACAUCUCUACUUUGAUCAAUCUGUGAGCAAGGAGGUGCUUGGCCGUGUGGGAAUGACAUGCCCCCGCUUGAUUGAGCUGGUGGUGUGUGCCAAUGGCCUGCGCCCACUCGACGAGGAGCUUAUCCGGAUUGCAGAGCGCUGUCAGCACCUGUCGGCUAUUGGCCUGGGUGAGUGUGAGGUGACCUGCAGUGCCUUUGUGGAAUUUGUAAAGAUGUGUGGCUGACGGCUUUCUCAACUCUUUAUUAUGGAAGAGGUGCCAGACCACAAGUAUGGGCUUGACGACAUUCAUUGGGAGGUGUCAAAGCACUUGGGCCGUGUGUGGUUCCCAGAUAUGAUGCCCACCUGGUAG